CAGUCUAACAGCACAGUAGCAGCAGCGACAACAUCAAACUCAAAGGAAUAUUUAAGCAACUUAGCGACAACUCGACAACUCCACGACAAAAUGUACAAGUACACCGCUCAACUGGCGCUACUUUUCGCCGCCACCAUGGCAGUGGUUGCCGCUGAGCCACCACGCUUUCGUGCAGCGCUCAGACGCGCGCCGGCUCGUUUCCUUGCACGCCAGGAGGCGGCGAUCGCCGACAACGCGGACGACGUGCCCCCCGAAGUAGCGGCUGAUCAGCCGGCGCCAUAUCCACCAGCCGGUGUCACACCAUCCGUUCCUUUUGAUUUGCCAACAGAGACAGAGGCACCACAACCCGACGACAUCUACGGCCCACCAGAGGAGGAGGAACCUACACCCGAUCCAACCUAUGGUCCACCAGAAGAGACUACCACACUGCCGGCGCCCGCUGAUAACGCUGACGGCACUAUCGUAUCCGAAAACCUGAUUCAACCACGUCGUAAGCCCGUUUUGGCCAAACAACGCGCCCGUGGUGUUGUGCGCUCGCAGCCGCUGAUACUGCAAGCUGUGCCUGCUGCACCGGGAGUUGUAGAGCUCGUGCGCGCUGAGCCCGGUGUUGUUUACCUUCUUAAAUAAAUAGAUGAGUGAUGGAGGGAAGCGGCGAGGCUUCKAGGUAUAAGGCAGUGAAUUAAUCAUUUCAAAUUUGUUUUGUUUAU